AUGCCAAGCGAAAGAAAAGAAUUAAUUGAAAGGGAGGAAAAACUUAACGCUUAUAAUGUCACCUUAGAGCAAGGUUUUAAAGAUAGAAAAAUUGAUGUUGAAGUGAGAGUAGGACGAGCAAUUGCUAAACCGGAAAAAGGGAAUGAAUUAAGGAUUAAAUAUGCUUCGGAAUUCGAAAAACAAAUUAGGGAUUUUAAAAUUAUCCCGGCUGGUCGAAUACUCCACGGAGCCGGAAGUGGCUCCAACGUCACUUUCUUUAACUGUUAUGUCAUGCCUUAUAUUAAGGAUUCGGCCACUGAAAUUAUUAGCGAGCACUUUGCUCAGGUAGCCGAAAUUAUGCGAAGAGGAGGAGGAGUAGGAAGUAAUGGUAGCACUUUGCGUCCGAAAGCAGAACCAGGAAUAUUUUUCCUUGACCGGGCUAAUUAUUUUACUAAUGCCAAAGGCUACGGAAAAAAAGUAGUUGCUACUAAUCCUUGCGGCGAGCAACCUUUACCACCUUAUUCAGUCUGUAAUUUAAAUAACAUAAUUGAUACUACCUAUUACUUUUUAAAAAAAAAUACCGAACAAGCCCAAGGAGAGAGAAGAAUUGGAAUGGGAGUAAUGGGACUCCAUGAUUUUCUAAUUUAUAGAGGGUUAAAAUAUGGUUCGACCGAAGCGAACUUAUUAGUAGAUAAAUUGUUUGAAACUAUUUGUUUAACCGCCUAUAAAACUUCCGUUGAACUGGCCCAAGAAAAAGGAGUUUUUCCUUUUUUAAAAAACAAAAAUGAAUUGGUUGAUAAGUCAGGUUUUAUUCAAACUUUGCCGAAAGAGACACAAGAAAAAAUUAGAGAACACGGACUUCGCAAUUCACAUUUGCUAACCGUGGCUCCCACCGGUAGCACCGGAACCUUAGUCGGAGUUUCGACCGGUUUAGAACCUUAUUUUGCCUUUUCUUACUAUCGCUCCGGAAGAUUAGGAAAAUUUAUAAAAACUAUUAAUGCUCCCAAAGGUUAUAAAGUGGAACAAGUCAAAAAAAUUUAUGAAACGCUAUAUGAAAAAGGAGCCAAGGGCGGAACUGUUUACGUAGAUGGUUGUCGCGAUUUACAAGUGUUAAGUUUAGAGAAAGAGGAGAAUAAAUUUAGUGAUUUAAAAACUGAAAAAGAAGAAUGUAAAAUUUGUUUUAAAGGAGAAUUGGUUCUGCUUGGAGAAAUGAACGACCAAGAAAAAAGCAAUUUACAGAAAGAAAUUAAUGAGGGAGUUGCCAAAUUUCAAGAAAUAACUCAAAAGGAUGAAGUAGACUUAAUUGUGGUGGACGAAAUCUUGGGUUGUAUCCAUAAUAAACAGUUAUCCGAAGAAGUUUUGAUAAAUAUUCUCAAAAAUAAAAAACCUCAUAUUGCGAUAGCCCUUUCGGGCCAUAAUUUAAGUGAUAAAUUAAAAGAAGUUGCCGAUUUAGUUUCGCAAGUUAAACUCCAAAAGCAUUAUUUCUACAAAGGAGGAAAGGCUCGUCAAGGAAUUGAGUAUUAG